AUGAAAGAAAGCAGUCAAAAGAAACUGACAAAGAGAGGCAAAUCAGACUUCAACAAGCUAGUGAAAAUAAAAAAAAGAAAGCAGUCAGAGGAAACUGACAGGCUUCAAAAAUUAAGUGAGUCAAGUAAACUGAAACGCUCAGAGGAAACUUACAACAAACAACAAAUUAGACUUCAAAAGGAUAGCGAGUUUAAAAAAAGAAAGCGGUCAGAGGAAACUGACACCAACAGACAAAUUAGGCUUGAGAAAGAUGGACUUAAUAAAAAAAGCGGGCAAAAAAAGUUUCACAGCCUCAACAUGAAAUAUUAA